AUGUCUGGGUCGUCGGAAUUUCUCCCCAAAGGCAUUGAUCUCGUGCAAAAAGCCAUCGAGGCCGACACAGCUACACGGUAUGAGGAGGCUUACAAACUUUACUAUAAUGGAUUGGACUACUUGAUGUUGGCGCUCAAAUAUGAGAAGAACCAAAAGUCCAAGGAGUUGAUCAAGUCCAAAUUCACCGAAUACUUAACUCGGGCUGAGCAACUCAAAGAGCAUUUGGAGAAGCAGCAUGCGCAGAACGGAAGUGCAGCAGAACUGUCCCUGUCAGGGUCGACCAAGGCGAAAAAAGCCGGUGAAGACGACGAAGACGCCGAUACAAAGAAGCUUCGAGGCGCUUUGGCAGGCGCCAUUUUGACUGAGAAGCCCAACGUCAGCUGGGACGACAUUGCCGGCUUGGACGCAGCGAAAGAGGCCUUGAAAGAAGCGGUCAUUUUACCCGUCAAGUUCCCCCAGUUGUUCACUGGAAACAGAAAACCCACCUCGGGAAUCUUGUUGUAUGGUCCCCCCGGUACUGGUAAGUCGUACUUGGCUAAGGCUGUGGCGACGGAGGCGAACCUGACAUUUUUCUCUGUGUCGUCGUCGGAUCUCGUGUCGAAGUGGAUGGGUGAGUCCGAAAGACUUGUCAAACAGCUUUUCACCAUGGCUCGUGAAAACAAGCCAUCGAUCAUUUUCAUCGACGAAGUGGAUGCCCUCUGUGGGCCCCGUGGUGAAGGCGAGUCCGAGGCUUCGCGAAGAAUCAAAACAGAGCUCUUGGUUCAAAUGAACGGUGUGGGAAACGAUCUGGGCGGCGUUUUGGUGUUGGGCGCCACCAACAUCCCAUGGCAAUUGGAUGCAGCCGUGCGGAGACGUUUUGAAAGGCGUAUUUACAUUGCGUUGCCGGACAUUGAAGCCCGCAAGCGUAUGUUUGAGUUGAACAUUGGCGAAGUGGCCUGCGAGUGUACGCCGCAGGAUUUGCGGGUGUUAGCCGAGAUGACAGACGGGUACUCGGGCCACGACAUUGCUGUGGUGGUGCGAGACGCAUUGAUGCAGCCGAUCCGGAAAAUCCAGCAGGCCACGCAUUUCAAACGUGUGGAUGUGGAUGGGGUGCAGAAGUUGACGCCGUGCUCGCCGGGCGACGCCGGCGCAGAGGAAAUGAGCUGGCUCAAUAUUGGCACGGACGAGUUGAAGGAGCCAGAAUUGACCAUUAAAGAUUUCGUCAAGGCUGUGAAGAACAAUCGUCCAACUGUGAACGCCCAGGAUAUCGAGAACCACGUCAAGUUCACCAACGACUUUGGUCAGGAGGGAAACUAG